UGACAUCAUAGCCUGGGUUGGACUCUGAAGCUGCAGCUUGUUUUUGGUACCUUGUUGAUGUUUUAGUUUAUCGCUUUUGUUUAUAAGAAACAAAAUAACAGUUCAAAUUAAUUGUUUUUUUAAAGAAACAAGAGUCUGCAAAAAUGAAAUGGAUGUUUAAAGAAGACCAUUCUCUUGAACACCGAUGUGUCGAGUCGGCAAAAAUCAGAGCCAAAUACCCAGACAGGGUUCCGGUGAUUGUGGAGAAAGUGUCCGGCUCGCAGAUCGUUGAUAUUGACAAGCGAAAGUACCUGGUGCCCUCUGACAUCACAGUAGCUCAGUUCAUGUGGAUCAUCAGAAAACGCAUCCAGCUGCCCUCAGAAAAAGCGAUUUUCCUGUUUGUAGACAAAACUGUUCCUCAGUCCAGCUUGACAAUGGGACAGCUGUACGAAAAAGAGAAAGAUGAAGAUGGAUUUUUGUAUGUGGCUUACAGCGGAGAAAACACAUUUGGCUUUUAAACGUUUAAGUUUGGCUAACCCUCUCGUCACUCUCUCGCCGAGAAGCUCGAUUGUACUAGAGCUAUACUGCCGUUUUGAGCGCUACAUUAAUCGUAUUAUGGAUGCAUUUGUAACUCUUAUGCUAUCCCGUAUUGUAUUUAAGCUGUAUACAUCAUUAGAUUGUAAAAUUAAAUUUUUUUCUGUCCUUCUGGCUGUGAAUUGUUUUGCUAGCUGUAUUUUAUCAGAAUUGCUUGCUGUUUUUUUUUUGUUUCAUUUCUUUAGAAAAUAUAUUUAAAAUAAGUUUAAGUAUUUCGAACGGUAAGGUAGCUGGAUGACCUAACCAAUAAAAAACAGAAAAGAAAACUUGCUUUACUGAACUGCUUAUCUGGUUUUAAAAUGUAUGAAGGUCAUUACAUUUAAGGGAUUUAAUACAAGAAUUGUUGGUGAGUCAUGGAGGGUCUAGAAAUAAUGCUUAAAGUCAAUUCAUGUUUAAAGCUUUUGCAGCCUCUUAAUUUAUAUAUAUAGUGGCGUACCUGAGCACUCUUAACUCUCUAUUAAUUCUGCUGCCCAUUUCUCCGGGGGGUGAUAUAUUACCCCCCUUAUUAAACUAAUUAAAUGCACUUGUACAAUACAUUGCUGCUUAAAGUUUGAGUGGUGAUGACCUAUACCACUAUUAAAUGUUAUCUGCAUGCUACAGUACAUACUAGCUAUGCCAAAUCGAUUAUGGCACCUUUGCUAUUCCUCUGAAGUAGAAUACAAUAUAUUGUAUGUUAAUGAUUGGAUUACAUAUUAGGUAUUUGGAGUUGAAGGCACAUUCAGUUCAUUUUCUCCAUUUCUGAUCUCUUUUGAAGAGUAAAAAUGUUAAUCCGAUUUGAAACAGUGCUGCAAAUGGGAAGGAGACACAGUAAAGAAUACUAUUUUUUAUCAUCCUAUAUAAAUAAGUGUACACCUCUAUACAGCAGGAUACAUAUUUUUCUGUAGAUUGCAAUUUUUUUUAUUUAACAUUACUGGUAUGAUAUUUAUUUGAUUAUGUUUAUAUUUAAAUAUUAGUUAUUUUAUGGCAAAGCUUAAAAAAUAAGUGGCAUUUGCACACCUUACAAAAUAUGUUACUGAACCGAUCCUGUUUCAUAUUGUGGCUGCACUCUGAUACAUAUGACAUAACUGUUGAUAAUACUGUUGCAUCACAUGAAAAUCUGCAUUGGAAAAUGUAGUUUUUGUAUAGCCCUCUGUCCAAAUAUUGUAAUAAAAAAAGUAUAUUUAACAAUCA